GUACGUGUGUACGAACUAAAUGUCAGUAAUAGCCGCAUUGAUCCAGACUGCUACCAGCGUUCGACUGCCUUGCUUGUAAAUGGCCAAUUACCAGGCCCUACCAUUCGAGUCAACCGAGGAGAUCGUGUCUUGAUCACUGUUCGAAACCUGAUGCCAGACUUUGUCGGCAAUGGAAAAUCCCACGGCGGAAAUCCCAACGAUCUAUCUAUCCAUUUCCACGGUAUCCGUCAGUACGGCUCCGGACAUGCAGAUGGUGUACCAUAUGUGACUCAACACCCAAUUCCACCGGGCUACGAAUAUACCCACGACUUCCGGGUCGUCAACCAGGCUGGCACCUACUUUUACCAUGCCCAUGUUGGCCUUGAAGAAGAAACGGCAAUGCCACCCGGAUCCGGAUCAUCUUCUCUAUCAACUCCUGUGCGUCUGCAGGCCGGCCCAUUUACCUAUGACGAUGAGCGAAUAAUUACUAUGAGCGAGUGGUGGCACAGGGAUCGAUACACCCUUGAAAACUAUAUGAUGGGCCCUGAAUUUGUUCAUCUGCCAGAUGCUGAAAGUGUCUUGAUCAACGGAAAAACAAUUUACAAACCAUCAAAAGUCCCAGACAGGUGUGAGGGCUACUCAGUAAUUCCGGUCGAGGCUGGAAAAACCUACCGCCUGCGCAUCAUUGGCGCAACCACAUUCCGCACGCUUGGCUUCGCAAUUGCUCAUCACAACCUGACAAUAAUUGAAGUCGACGGAGAGGUGGUUAAGCCAUUCGAGACCACAUAUAUAGAAGUAGCCGCCGGCCAGAGAAUCUCGGCUCUUUUGCACACGGACCAGAUACCACAAGACUACACAAUUGGCACAAUCCGGCGCUGGGCUGAGGAUGCUGACCCUCACUCUAAUGGACUUGCGAUUCUUCGCUAUACAUACGCUAGAGAUGACAGCAGUGAAAACAAGAUCGUUCCAAGCGACCAUCCCGAAUUCCCUUCCAGGCUGAUUGCGCCCUGGAUCUGGCCUCAGCUUGAGCCCUACCACGGUGUUGAUCCAGUUGUCUAUCGGCCAGCCUCAAGGACAAUUGUGCUGCGGUCGACUGAUUCUAAAAAUCCUGAUGGAAGUACACGGUGGUACAUCAACGGCGUGUCUUACAUGGAUCCUGCCUUUCCUAUUCUCGAUGGACUGCAGACAUCUCAGCGACGCCUGCCGAAUUACAGACAACUCAAGGGAUCAAAAACAGGAUAUGAUGCGACCCUGGGCACAUAUCCGAUUGGGCACUAUGAACUCAUUGAUAUCGUCAUUCAGUCUACGCACAAAAAGCACAGUUACUGUCGCAGUCAUCCCUGGCAUACCCAUGGUCACUCUCACUGGCUACUGGCAACAGGAUCAGGAGAGUAUGAUCCAGAGUAUGACCAGGAUACUCGGAAUAUGCCUACACCACUCUACAAAGACGUCACUAUGGUAUAUCCUUCACUUGACCAUGAAUUGGAAGCAAGCUCAAACGAUAAUGAUACUUCUAUUGGAUGUGGCUGGUCCAAGAUUCGGAUAUUAGCUGAUAAUCCAGGAGUUUGGGCUGUCCAUUGUCAUAAUACGCUUCAUAUGAUGAUGGGUAUGAUGGUUGUAUUUGAA